AUGAAAGACGAACGUUUGAGUGUUUUAGACAUCAUCAAUACAUUUGAAAGUACGAAACGGUUGAGUGUGAGUGGCAUCAAUGGAAUGUUCGAUACAAAUACCAUGCACUCACAUUCUCUAUUUCAACUACAUGAUGAGGAAGAUGAUGACGAGUUAUUGAAAAAGUCACCAGCUUGCGACUCAUCAGAUGAAGAUGAUGACACCGCAGCAGAUAUUAAGAGAAUUUCUGCAAAUAUCACAUCAAUCGUUAAUUUUUCGAGUCCAACAGAAUCAAAAUCACUGGAAGAGGAAAAUGGAAAGUGUGAAAAAUCGUUAUUUAACAUUGCUGACCUGGCAUUUGAACUGCAUAAUACCAUAACUGAUGAGAAACAAAUGUUGGAAACGAUACAAAAAGCAGAAACGUUAUCAGAUCAUCCUCUCGAUUUCACCAAAGAUUUAUUGGAUCCUAAAAGAAAUGCUCACUUCUUCAUACAGCUGCAAAAUUAG